AUGAGUCGAAAAAAAUUGGAAUGGACCUCCCUUGCGAUCAUUAGCCUCAUGUUGCUGGUGACGGUUCUUCCUGAAACGAAUGCUCUACGCCAAGUUCGAGCUUCUGGCGAUCUGCAUCCAGCUCCUGAGACAGAAGCCGUAUGCGAUCUUGCAGGUAGUGCCUCUCCUAACAAGAAGCAAAUAGCGCUGACGAAGACAAUGUCGACAAUCAGCUUCAGCUGCGGCAAGCAAGCUCAGGCGACUCUCUCGCCACCGGUCACGGCUCAGUGGUUCGCUACGGAAGCGGGCUGCCCUCCCACGAAAUUUGCGAGUUUGAAAGCCGACUGGGGGGAUGGAGCCGUAUUGAAAGCUGACUCAAAAGACACGGAUGGUGUAGCGAAAACAUACAAACUAACUGUUCCAGCGACGGGACGGAAACCGGGGGUCCUCUACUACUGUUGCUCUCUCGAGGACAACCGGGUGGUAGAGAGCCCUACAGCAUCCGUCGCAAAGGCGGCAGAGCCAAAAUCACCAAAAACCUGCAGCAUUGUGAUCAACGUCGAAGCAGGAGAAGGGCAGAUGCCGCCUGCAGCGAGUGGAACCGAGGCAAGGCAGGGAGGCGCGGGCGACUCGACAGCGGUCUCCGUAGAAGUUUGCGACCCACGAGCUGGGGGACAGCGUCGAAUUGACAUGACUUUGGCCAGCGACGCAAAAACCAUCACCUUCAACUGCGGCUCAAGUCGUCAGGCUAGGCUGACGCCUGCGGCCUCAGCCAACCAGUUCUGCGUUGACUCCGCAUGCUAUCGAAAGGAAGAUCUGUCGAUCUUGGGCAACUUUGCGCAACUGUUUUCGGCGGAAGCUGAAGACAAACGGACUGUCUACACCUUGAGCAUUUCCAGGAAACCCGACACGGACACAAAGAUGUACUACAUGUGCGCAGUUAAAAGCAAGGCCGCAGGUGCCCGGAGGGCUGGACUGGGAUCGUCCCAAAGGGACAAGCACUGCUUAGUCAAAAUCACAGUCAAGGGUCAAACGGCGCCCAAUCCGUCGGCUGCUGGGCUGAUGGCCGCGUCUGCCGCCGCAGUCCACGGACUGCUUAGACUCAUAUGA